UUAAUUCAUAAUUUAUAUCCAUGACCAUAAAACAACAAAAAUUACAAAUUCAAAAAAUAAAAAGAGGUUAGUUAGUUAGUUGGAUGAUGUUUUUAUCACAACACUAGGAAGGAAAUUUUGUCGUUUGCGGUUAAGUUUAAAUUAAGUCGUUUACUAAAGUUAUACUAAUAAUGCAAUUGUCUGGUCCAGAUACAAGAAAAAUAGUCUACUUUUCUUUUGAACAUGAAUUCAUAUAUAUUUCCAAACACGAUUUGUAGCAUAUGUUUCGUAUACAAAAACUAAUGCUGGCAGAAUAUCGCGACAUCUAUGAACCGGUUAUAGUGGAAAAUCCUUUUACCCAAGUCACAGAAUACGGCGAAGGACUAAGGCAAUAUCAUAUAGGUUUAACCCGCUCCAAAAUAAUCUUUGGCUGUGAUGACUUUGAUGCCACCGAUCUGGAAGAUUUCGAUUACAAAGGUCUAGAUCCAGAAAUAGAAACUUUUCAAUUAGUAAGCCUUAUGCCUUUGCAAUUUGUUAAAUUAAAUUUCUUUCGCAAAAAGAAUAGAAACAUUAUGCGCAUUUCUAUAUGUGGCGAAGAGGAGAAACCUAUGCUAUUUGAAUUUGGUGGUCAUCUAUAUAAAAGUCUCUUUUGGAAAACGUGGCGUGAACGUGUUGCCACUAUACGUCUCUUACAUCCCAAUUUAUUUCAUAUCUCAUGUUCUUCACCAUUUUCGAGUACUGAUGUGUUGGGCGAGGAGGAACUUUGUUAUGCACAGGUGCAUGUAGACUCGAAUUACUCACAAUCUUCUUGGAGAAAUUAUUCGACCAGUUGUAGUUUGUUGAGUCAAUAGUUUAUUAAAUAAAUAGAAAAAUACAAUUUAAAUGUAGAGUGUACAAUAACAGAAACAUUAACUAUUUAAUAUAUAUAAUAAAACCGCAUCUAAUUGUAGAUUUUUGAAAUACAAACCGAUGAAAUAUUUUUAUAUAAUCUUGAUUAGACGCGUAUUAAUGAACUU